GAACAGGUAUGAGCAUCUACUCUUGACCACAUCCUCCAUCAUAAACUUAUGUGGUUUGCGUCUUCUCAAUGCCUUUAAAAAUUGCUGGGAUUUUCAAGAAAAAGUUCCCGCAACUUUUGGUUGUACAUGAAACCAAAGACAAAAACACGGAAACUCCUUCCUCAAAUAAUGAGCCACUUACAAAGAUUGAACCGACUUCAAAUGACGAACAGCGGUCAGUCAAUGAGCUUCCCGGUCUCUUGCGCCUCCCACUUGAGAUCCGUCAAAUGAUCUACGUGCAAUUGCUCAAAUGCAGACCCAUGGAAAUACAGUAUCCGUAUCGCCCAACGAGGAAUUCCCGUCCUCUUCGCAUUCACAUAUCUAGGGAGUGUGAGGUAUACACCGGUUUCUCGACCCACAUCUUGCUGCCAGACUGUUACAUCGAAAAGCUCACCAUUGGUCUCCUCCGCGUGUCUCAACAGAUUAGUGAUGAAGCUCUCGACGUUCUGUACGGAUACAAUAAAUUCACUUUACUUUUCUACAGUCCCUCAUGGUUCAACCACAGCCCUCCGUGUAUAUUGAAUGCCGGUAAUAUGAAGCGUAUUCGUGAUAUACACAUGAUAUGCGAGCGGCGAAUCAUAAUGAAAGGACAUUCAGUCUUGAAUCUCGAAUUAUGGCUUCCGCUACUGAUGAACGUACGUCGAUUCGAAGUUUUCGUGCAAUACCCUCUUGGCAGAAGUAAAUUCGAUGCAGAAGAGGGAAUUGAAUGGAUUGAACCACUUCUAACGACUGUGGCUGAAAUCUCAGGUACAAGACCUCGAGUUACAGUCGAUGAUGAUGAGGGGAGUGGCCCGAUAAUCAAUCUUGUAACGAAGUGUUUUGGCGCUGGAUAUCAAAAUCUGGUACUGUCUAAGGAAGAAAGUUAGGAGAGUCCCCACAUUGUUUGAAUGGGGUUAGGAGGUGGAUCGGGACACGGUUGGAAAACAGUCGAGCUGGUUACUGCUCCUCAGUACCAGCCCAGGCUCGUUCCAAGGAAUAACAUCAGUGUUGAGGUCAGGAUACAGUGUGGUAGUUCGAUGCUGGAGCUACCGGAAGAGGCUGAUAUUUUUAAUGUAUUGCAAGAUUAUCCGAUCUAGAACACUGAGUUUACCCGACCAAAGCUAGCUCUAACCCCUCAGACCAUUUCGCGUAAGAUCAACAAAACUUCAACCAUGCCCCUACAGAUUCGUAAGCUGCACCCUCAUCGCGUCGGAAUAUUUGACUCGGGAAGCAAAUUCAUCAAUCACAUCUGGCCCAUCGGCAGAAGAUACAAGCCAAUAUGCAAUCCUAGCACCAACAGAAGCAGCGCUGCUUUUGUACAUGCACCUGCGGGGAAUCCCUGAGUCUCUUAUCCA